AUGGAGGACGACGCAAAGGACAGCUAUGAACGUUGUCCUGCUUGCCCUGAAACGGUGAAGGACAUCAAGCGCAAGAAGAAGGAGGUUUGGGUGUCGUGUGAGAACUGCUCGACGUGGUACCAUUGGGACUGUGUCAGCAAGGGAGAGGAUCUCAGUCCCAUUGAUAAGUGGUACUGCGAGAAAUGCCUCGCCACCAACGGUCGACUCCAGAUCACGUACAAGCCCAGCGCGACGCGCAAGUCUUCACGCGUCAAGCCCAAGCAAGACUAUGCGAGCAUGAACGAGGGCCUUCCGUCUGACCCAAACCGAUGGACCAAAGUACUCAAGGUGAAGAAGUUCGCCAAAGACAGGUUCAGGCGAAUGAAGGGCAAGGACGUUACCCUGGAGUGGGUCGAGUCGAACGACGAUGCGCUUACCGAACCAAUCGUCAUCCUAGAACCAGCGGGGUUGGGGAUGAAGAUGCCGGGGGAAGACUUCACUGUUGACGAUGUUGCGGAGCUUGUGGGACCAGAUGCGCCGGUAGAGGUUAUUGAUGUUGCCCAGCAGAGCAGCUCUGCCGGGUGGACACUCGGGACGUGGGCCGAGUACUACGACAAGCCUGCAUCCCAGCGUGACCGUAUCCGGAAUGUCAUAUCACUCGAAGUCACAGGCACGAAACUGGCAGAGAAGGUAUGCCCGCCGAGGAUCGUAAGCGAAGUCGACUGGGUGCAGGAGUUCUGGCCAGCCAAUAAACGCGGAGGGAAGCACCAGUGGCCCAAGGUUGGGUUGUACUGCCUCAUGAGCGUCGCCCAGGCCUGGACGGACUGGCAUGUCGACUUUGCAGCGACCAGCGUAUACUAUCAUGUGCUCAAAGGAGCGAAAGAGUUUUAUUUCAUCAAGCCGACCGAGUCGAAUUUGGCUGUGUAUGAGAAGUGGAGCGGAAGUGCAGAAUUGCAGGCUGGAACCUGGUUGGGAGAUAUGGUGGAGGAGGUAAUAAAGGUAUCCCUCGUGGAGGGGAAUACCAUGAUUAUACCUACUGGGUGGAUUCACGCGGUGUAUACGCCAGUCGAUUCCCUGGUCUUUGGUGGAAACUUCCUGCAUUCCUUCAACAUUGCAACUCAACUCCGCCUUCGGCAAAUCGAGAUCAACACCAAGGUACCAAAGAAGUUCCGCUAUCCUUACUUCGAGAAGCUAUGUUGGUAUGUGGCUGAGAGCUUCUGCGACCAGCUCAAGAAGCACGUAGACUUGUCCCCUCGAGUGCUCCGCGGAUUGGUGUCUUUAGCGGAUUUCCUUGUUUCAGAAGCACGGCUAAUCGAAUCUGGCGUCGACACUCCGCAGCGACGAGAAGCCAAGGAUGCGAUACCCGGGGACAAAGUGAAAGAUGCAUCAGCAUUGGCUAGGGAGCUACAGUGGCGCGCCAAGGAGGUGUUAGGCAAGGAGGAUGAGGACGAAGAGGACGAGCGACCCGCUAAGAAGCAGAAGGUCUCGAAUGGCAAAGGAAAGCAUCGCGCCGUGACUGAGAUGGACGAGGCCGUUGAGCCGGGAAGUCACAGACGACCGAAGUUCAAGAAUUGGAGUCCGAUGAAGUGGGAUAUCCGGACAGAGCGCGAUCUCGACGAGCGACACGAUGUGGUCACUGCAGAGCCGCCUGGGGAUUGGGUACUCCGAGAGGGCGCACUAGACAAUCUGGGGUCAGAAGGGAAUCAGGGUGUUGAACAUGUGACUACAGGGACGGAGUGGGUGCGGAUCCGGCGUUACAAAGGCGAGGAUGGGAAGGAGAGAGUUGAGCGGGUGAGGAUCACGCGAGUCAUCGAAGACUGGACAUGGGGCAUCGGCAUGCCCGAAAAGAAGCCCGUGGUUGAUGGAGCCGAUCGAAACCCUGGAGACGCGCAAGAUGAAAAGACCGAAGUUGGGGAUGCCUGGUUGGUUGCACCGUCUGUCGCAGAUGGGGAUGUGGAUAUGAAGGAUGCAGAAACAGGGGACACUGCGCAUGUUGCUCCCCUAGGUGGGACUGAGUUGAAGCGAGAGGACGUGGUAAUGCAGUCUUGAUUCUGCCUUGCCUCCUGCGCAGUGAGGGAGACUUCCAUUAUUUUCCGGGUUAACUUUGGGGUGUAUUAAUCUGACAUCGUCAUACUAUCCUGUAAC